AUGUGCUCCAUACCGAUGCCAGUACUACUGGCUUAGGUGCAGCACUCUACCAGGAGCAGGAAGGUCAGCUCAGAGCCAUAGCUUUUGCCAGUCGUGGGUUAUCAAGAAGUGAAGCACGAUAUCCAGCCCACAAGUUGGAGUUUUUAGCACUCAAAUGGGCAGUGACUGAAAAGUUUCACGAUUAUUUGUAUGGUGGUCAGUUCACUGUAGUUACAGAUAGUAACCCACUCACAUACAUAUUGACCUCUGCUAAGUUAGAUGCCACUGGCUAUAGGUGGCUUGCCGCUUUGUCUAACUACAACUUUAAGUUACAGUAUAGAGCAGGCAAGUACAACCUAGACGCAGAUGGGUUGUCUAGACGUCCUCAUGGAGAACUCGUAAAUGAUGUCCAGUCCAGGAAAGAGCAGGAGCGUGUAAGCCGAUUUGUAGAGCGUCACCUAGCUGACACUGACACCACUGACACCCUAAAGCUUGUAGAUAGUGAUGUUGUCCAAGCAAUCUGUCGAAAUCACCUUGUAAAAGUCAGUAAUGAUUGUCAGGAUAGUGGUGUUACACUUGUAGAGUCACUUACCCUCUCAGCUGAUGCGAUCCCAGACAUCUAUGUUUCAGAAGAACAUCAUGGCUUACCAACCAUUCCUGCCUUGUCCCAAUCAGAAAUUAAGGAUAAGCAGAGAGCAGACUCGACAAUCAACCAAGUUAUCAAACAAAUCGAACAUGGCCAGACACCUCCACCGACUGUUAGAAAAGAACUCCCAGAUCUCCCUCUUUUGCUUAGGGAACUCAGUCGAUUGGAAAUGCACAAUGAGGUGUUAUACAGAAAAAGACAAGAUGGAGACCAGGUGACCCACCAGCUUGUUCUUCCUGAGGAGCUCAGAGCUUCAGUGCUCCAAAGUUUGCAUGAUGACAUGGGCCACUUAGGUAUCGACAGAACCCUUGAUCUGGUCAGAACCCGAUUCUAUUGGCCACGCAUGGCAACAGAGGUUGAGCAAAAAGUGAAAACAUGUGAUCGUUGUAUACGGAGAAAGAGUCCUCCUGAAAAAGCAGCUAGACUGGUCAACAUAACAACAACCAGACCUUUAGAACUCGUCUGUAUGGAUUUUCUCAGUCUAGAACCAGACAGUAGCAACACACGUGAUAUCCUUGUGAUAACCGAUCAUUUCACUAAAUUUGCCCUCGCGUUGCCCACCUCUAAUCAAAAGUCACGAACGGUCGCCAGGUGCCUGUGGGACCAGUUCAUUGUCCACUACGGCAUACCUGAGCGCCUGCACAGCGAUCAGGGUCCUGAUUUUGAGGCAAAACUAAUAAAAGAUCUGUGUGAGAUCUCUGGGAUAAAGAAAAUAAGAACUACCCCGUACCACCCACGUGGUAACCCUACUGAACGAUUUAAUAGAACACUACUUAGUAUGUUAGGAACACUGGAAUCCAAACAAAAGUCUCACUGGAAAGACUAUGUUAUGCCAUUAGUACAUGCGUACAAUUGCACCCGUAGUGAUGCAACAGGGUUUACACCCUACAAGUUGAUGUUUGGUAGAAAACCCAGAUUAGCUGUUGAUCUUGCAUAUGGACUUCCUCUCAGCAAAGAUCAAAAAGUGACACAUUCGCAAUAUGUUGAAAGUCUCAAGAAACGGCUAGAGGAAAGCUAUAGGUUAGCUUCUCAAACUGCACAAAAAGUGGCAGACAAGAAUAAGGUCAGAUUUGAUCGCAAAAUAACUGUUUCAGAACUUGAACCUGGGGACCGGGUUUUAGUUAGAAACGUGCGGCUGCGUGGCAAGCACAAACUUGCUGAUAAAUGGGAGGCAGACAUCCAUGUGGUAGUCAAACGUGCAGGCGACCUACCCGUUUAUACUGUUAAACCCGAGUCAAAGCUAGGUCCCUCCCGAACUUUACACAGAGACCUGUUGCUUCCCUGCAGUUUCCUCCCGGUUGCCACCGCAGACAUAUCUGAGCCACAGCAGGUUCACCGUCCUAAAACGCGUCAAACUGUUGUCACAGAAAGCAAUGAGGAUGAAGAAUCAAUGGAACUUGACAAUGAACUUUUCAUUCAAUGGGUUGAUGAUUCCCCAUGUGAAGAAAUAACCAGAUUUACUACUGUACAUGAAUAUCCAAAACCUUCUCAUGAACCAGACAUUACAAACUUACCUGAUUGUGACCUUUCUGAAACUGCUAGCAACAAGGAGCCGAAUAUGGAUAAAAAUGCAAGCAAAGACGAACUUACGGAUCAUGUGCUUGUUGAAAACUUACCAGAUGGGGACGAGAUUGGAAUUGACAAUCCUGUGGACAAUGGAACCGAAACCGUAUUGGAUGAAUCGUCUGAGGAUUCAGUUAAAGAACCAGGAAACCAGCCUGUUAACUCACCUGAUGAGAUGGACAGUGGUGAUCCCAUUACAACUCAACCAGUAAGACAGUCAACAAGAAUCAGACAUCCACCUAAAAGACUUGAUUAUCCUGAUUUAGGAAACCCUCUGGUGACUGUUGUGAAAUCACUUUUCCAGGGUUUAAGCAUAGCCUUUUCUGAGUCCCUAAAUAAUACAGAGGGACAGUACUGGCUACACAUGCAACGAGACGUGCAUGAUAUUUAGCUGGGGAGAGUGUAACCCGGUAGAGAAAACUGCCUUUGUUAUUCUUUUUUUUCUUGUUUUCGCUUUAUUUGUAUAAAUGUAUUUUCAUUCUUUUAUUUUGAAAAGCAACAUUUAUUUUGAAAAAAGGAAGUGUGAUCCUCCAGCAAACUUUAUUUUUCCUGUUGCCGGAUCACAAGGGAUAAAUGCCUUUUUCAUUGGUUGAAGGUGGUUUUAGCCCCGUCUUCCAAAACACCAGACCAUCAUUUCACAUGAGCUAGGUCUUUUCGCACGUGGAAGUAGAUGAGACAGGCCACGGAUAGCUCGUGCGGAAUUUUCUAACAUUUUGGCUAGGUUUUUUUCCCUUGUUCGUGUGGAAGGAACUAAGAUUCUGGAUUACGAUGGAUUCUCUCCGGAUGGAUAUGGCGAGCCUGAGCCCGGACUGAACUUUGCAGAGGAACUUACUCUUCUUCCUCGACGGAGAGUCCCAAGUGGUAACACACAAACCACAAACGAAAGAGAAAAAGAACUAGACUAAGAAUUUCUGACUUGACAAAUGACCAAAGACAAAAAGACAAUUGAACAUUGAGCUCAAAUGACUAUUUUUGGGGUUAUUUUUGUUUUGCCGGCUUAUUCUUAUUAUUGUUAUUGUUAUUAUUACCAUUACUACUGUCAAUGUGGAAUUUGUGUCUUGUUUAUUUCAAUUUUGUGCAAAAUAAUAACUGUUGCUGCUCAAAUUCCUGUCUCCAGCCAUUUCAUUCCGUAUUCGCCUCGCUUUCUAUUGUAGCCCUGCCGAACCUAGCAACUGGUCCAUAGUUUGGCUGUCCUAAACUAUUUAAAAUGAG